GGUCUACAAAUAAUGCCACAAUUUUCAUUCAUUGUUCUCGAAUCAACGUGAUUCCACAAAAUCUGCAGAAUUAAACUCUAAUCACAAUGCAGUUUGAAAUACAUACAAAGUUCGAAAAUUUCAAUAAACGGGAAAUCACCAUAAUGAUCUUCCCACCUGUUCGUGUCUUUACGCCAAUUUCAUUCAUCUUCAGUUCUUCGGGCGGUGUUCAGUUGGAUACUCGUGGUGAUACCGGCACCGUCAUGGUUCUAUCAGGAAGCGAAAACAAUUGAAAAACACGCUGAAAAAGUGCUAUUCUACCGGUUUUUCGAACAUUGACGGAAUAACUAUGAAUCCCAUUUUGUUGUACAAGCUGUUUUUGAGUUCGAUGGCCUUUUUCGGUUGUGUUCUAGCUGCUGGUCAUGGUGAUUUUUACGGGAGAAGAUAUGACCAUUACCACGGGAAAUAUAGCGAUUCGGAAUUGAUGGUGGAUGUUCUUAAUAAUUUCGGUUUGAGGAUAUUGAUGGCACACAACAUACACAAUGAAAAUAACAUAGCUUUUUCUCCGUAUGGAAUUGGGGUUAUAUUAAUGGCUCUUGGAGAAGGCUUACGUGGUGAAGCUUUAUUGGAAAUAAGGAAAGCCAUAUAUCUACCUUAUGAUGCUCAUACUAUACGUGUAGGCUUAAGAGAUAUCCAUCGACAUUUGAAGAGUUAUUUCAUUCCAAAAGAAGGUUUCUUGGCUGGAAUAACACUCAACGUUGAAAAUGUCUCAAUAAACCCUGAGUAUAUACAGCUUCUGAAGUUUUAUGGAUAUGACAUUGACUCUUUCAAUACUGCACUUUAUCCUGAAAAACAUAUAACGACUACUGAAUCUGGGAUAAUGGAUGGAAGAGAAGAAACAACAUUAAAUACCGAUAGCAUUACUAUUUCGUCAACUGUAAACUCAGAAACAACUGAGAACAAUCUAGGCGACAGAACUACGCCAGAAUAUUCUAUUGAAACGACUGCACCGACAACACAAUUCUCUGAAAAAACAGAUCAAACGAUAACUGAAAGCGUCACUUCAACUGUUGAAACCACGAAGCAAACAGAAAUGCCUACUGAAAAUUCUGUUCUCAUGUCUACAACACCAACCACAGAAGCUACAAUUGUUACACAAUCGACUCAGACUACCACAGAUUCGAUUGAAAUUAGCACCAAAGGUACUGAGUCUUUUGAAACAACUCAAAUUUUAACAACUCUUGUAGCAAUUACUGAUGACACUAUGACUAGUGAUACAACAUCUGCUGCACCAGAGAUUAUAACAGAGAAAGAGAUGAAUGGAAAAGAGACUCCAUCUGUGGAAUAUCUUCCAAGCAGUACUACUGAAGUUACAACAAUAGGAAUCUCAACGACUGAAUCAAUUGAAUCUUCUUCCAUUAUUUCUAGUACUGAAGAAACAACUGAGCUCUUCACAUCUGUAACCAACACGCCCGCAUCCAAUGUAGAGACCACCACAAGUGAAAUAAAUGAAGAUGAAACACCAUCCACCACACCAAAAGUAAGAAAUAUACGUGCUUCAGAAGAAUCUCAAGAUCUUGGUGACAAUGAGGAUUAUUUUGAAAAUGAAGAUGAGCAAAUAGUUUCCAAACAAUUACCUGAAUCAGUCGUUACUGAAAGUAAUACAGAGGGUCAAGGGAAUGCCAAAGAAUUUGGCUCAGAUGACUGGAGAAUACGAAUAAAUAACCAACUUACCCUUUUGAAUUCAAAUCAAAAUACUCCAUUCACACCUUCCUCAAGGAAUACAGCCGAAAUCAUCAUCAACAAAGAACGCAGAAUUUCAAGAUCCAUUGAGGAAUAUGUUAUAACCCGUUUCUAUCAUUACAAUAACUUUAGACCAACUAAACCUUAUGAACCCAAUAAGCCUCUGUACUUCUUCGUCAAUGACAAGAAUAAGGAAGCUGGCUUGGAUUUCAUGACCUAUGAUUCAGUCUUACCGUUCUUGUACAUUCCAAGUCCUAGUGCAAUGGCAUUAGCUUUUCCUUUAGACAGCGAAAAAUAUUAUCUGUUACUUUUGUUGCCUUCCGAGGAUAACACCUUAGAUGAUGUGAUUUGUAAACUCUAUAUGCACAACACCUUCAAGUACAUCUUGAAUAAUUUGGAAUUGACUCAUGUCAGGGUUAACAUUCCCAGUUUCAAUUUGAAUGGAAGGAUAACGCUUACUAAUACACUGCAGAAGCUGGGAAUUCAAAGAAUAUUCGAACCAAGACAAGCAGAUUUUUCUCCGAUGACAAGCACAGAAGAUGUCUACGUUACCAAUAUAGAACAAGCCAUUUCUGUGACAAUAAAAAAUAACCUUAACAUCAAAAAGGAUACAAGACAUGGUCACCACUACUAUUCAGAGCCCAUAAGAUUUGAUGUCAAUCGACCAUUCUUAUAUUUUGUGAUUGAUUCUGAACUCCAAAUAAUACUUAUGGCGGGAAAAGUUGUAAAUCCUUUGAAUAUCAGAAUAAAAUAAUAAAAACAUU